AAAAGAAAAGGAUUGAGAAGAAAAAGACAAGCCGGGCAAGGAUGGUGGUGUCCGGUGUGGUGGGAGGCGAGCCGCGAGUUGGUGGGGAAGGGGUGGGCGGUGGCAGCGCAAACAAGCAACUCCUUCCCACCUUCCCUUCCCCUCCCCUUCUCAUCCUUUCUCCGAUUGCCUCCAAUUACGAUUCUCCGAUCCCCAUUCCUGCCCCACACCCUCGCGUUCGGCUAAUCCGGCGGCAUGCGGCGCGGCGGCGUGGCUGCGGCGGCGGCGGACGGUGAUGUGGAGUCGCGUUUCCGCGGGGUGCGGAAGAGGCCGUGGGGCCGGUACGCCGCGGAGAUCCGCGACCCGGCGAAGAAGGCGCGCGUCUGGCUCGGCACAUUCGACUCCGCCGAGGACGCCGCCCGCGCCUACGACGCCGCAGCGCGGAUGCUGCGCGGACCCAAGGCCAGGACCAACUUCCCGCACCCCGCCGCCCACCACCACCACCUCCUCCACAUGCCCGCCGCCGCCGCAGCACCAUACACGACUCCCACUGCCACAGGCGUCUCGACGCCGCCGGUCCCUAGGCCGGCUUGCAGCAGCCUUAGCUCCACCGUGGAAUCCUUCAGCGGCGCGCGCCCGCGGCCCGUGCUCCCGCCGCGGCCCCCGCCGCCACCGAUCACCGACGUCGACUGCCGCAGCGACUGCGGUUCCUCGGCCUCGGUCGUGGACGAUGACUGCACGGAUGCGGCCGCCUCUCCGUCAUGCCCGUCCCCGCUCCCGUUCGACCUUAACCUGCCCCCCAGCGGCGGCGGCUGCGGAGCCGGCGUCGGGUCUUACGCUGAUGAGGAGGGCGAGCUCAGGCUCACGGCAUUGCGGCUGUGACGUCGAGCUCAAUCGAGCCGUUGCCUAGAGAAAGAUGAAAAGGAGAAAAAUAUUUGGUUCUUCUCUUCUCUCGUUGCCGACACGAACUCUCCCUCCACUACGAUGUUGUUGUUUACCUGAUAUGAUGAUGAUUACUAUUUGCCUGAAUCCUGGCCAACUUAUCUGCCUGCUUGUUUUCGGGCGAUUGGGGUUUAUCGCCAAAUCUUGCAGCAGCUGUUGUACUGUAAUAUAGCAACAUUUACUUCCUUCCUCUUGUGAGGGAAGAGACAGACAAAGUAACUUAUUUCAACCUUUAGCUACAGUUUCCCUUCUUGUUUUUACUUUUUACUCUUCAUGUAUAACUUGUUUGGGAUCGAUGAACUGGAAAAAAAUCCUUUAAAUGUUGAGAUCAAA